GCCGAGGCCGCCGCUGCCGCCGAAGUCGAUCUCGGAUCCGCGAGCGCCACCAGGGCAGCAGCAGCCGCCGCAGCCGCCGCCGCUGAGCUGAGGAGCCAGAGACGCGGGCGGACGAGGUGGCGGCGGCGGCGGAGCGGGAGAGGGGAACGGACGCGGGCGGAGCGCGGCGGCGCGGGUGUAAUCCAGAGAACAGUUUUCAAACAUCUUUGCUUACUUUUGACACUGAGCAGUUGGGAUUUAGGCAUAUGAGGAGGUACUGUCACUCAAAACAGUGUCUAGUGAAGACGACAAGAAAGAGAGAAAAGGAUCGGAAAAAGAAGCUAAAAUCCCAUAGGAAACCAUGAGAUCUAUUAGAUCUUUUGCCAAUGACGAUCGCCAUGUUAUGGUGAAGCAUUCAACAAUCUAUCCAUCUCCGGAGGAGCUUGAAGCUGUUCAGAAUAUGGUGUCUACUGUUGAAUGUGCUCUUAAACAUGUCUCAGACUGGCUGGAUGAGAAUAAAGGCACAAAAACUGAUGGGGAGACAGAAGUAAAGAAAGAUGAGGCUGUGGAAAACUAUUCCAAGGAUCAAGGUGGCCGGACAUUGUGUGGUGUAAUGAGGAUUGGCUUGGUUGCAAAAGGCUUGCUGAUUAAAGAUGAUAUGGACCUCGAGCUGGUUUUAAUGUGCAAAGACAAACCCACGGAAACCCUGCUAAAUACAGUCAAAGAUAACCUUCCUGUUCAAAUUCAGAAACUGACAGAAGAGAAAUACCAAGUGGAACAAUGUAUAAGUGAAGCUUCCAUUAUAAUUCGGAACACGAAAGAGCCCACACUGACUUUGAAGGUGAUACUUACUUCUCCUCUAAUUAGGGACGAAUUGGAGAAGAAAGAUGGAGAAAAUGUUAUGAUGAAAGACCCUCCGGACUUACUGGACAGGCAGAAAUGCCUGAAUGCCUUGGCUUCUCUGCGACAUGCCAAAUGGUUUCAGGCAAGGGCAAAUGGAUUAAAAUCAUGUGUAAUUGUCCUCCGCAUUCUGCGUGAUUUGUGCAACAGAGUACCCACAUGGGCGCCGUUGAAAGGAUGGCCACUAGAGCUUAUAUGUGAAAAGUCUAUAGGUACUUGUAAUAGACCUUUGGGCGCUGGGGAGGCCUUGAGACGAGUAAUGGAGUGUUUGGCAUCUGGAAUACUACUUCCUGGGGGUCCUGGCCUUCAUGAUCCUUGUGAGCGAGACCCAACAGAUGCUCUGAGCUAUAUGACCACUCAGCAAAAAGAAGAAAUCACUCAUAGUGCACAGCAUGCACUUAGACUAUCAGCCUUUGGCCAGAUUUAUAAAGUGUUGGAAAUGGACCCCCUUCCAUCCAGUAAGCCUUUUCAGAAGUAUUCCUGGUCAGUUAGUGAUAAAGAAGGUGUUGGAUCUUCAACUCUAAAGAGGCCAUUUGAAGAUGGAUUAGGGGAUGAUAAAGAUCCCAAUAAGAAGAUGAAACGAAACUUAAGGAAAAUUCUGGACAGUAAAGCAAUAGACCUUAUGAAUGCACUAAUGAGAUUAAAUCAGAUCAGGCCUGGGCUUCAAUAUAAGCUUUUGUCACAAUCUGGUCCGGUCCAUGCCCCAGUCUUCACAAUGUCUGUAGAUGUGGAUGGUACAACAUAUGAAGCCUCAGGACCGUCCAAGAAAACAGCAAAACUUCAUGUAGCAGUGAAGGUUUUGCAGGCAAUGGGAUACCCAACAGGUUUUGAUGCAGAUAUUGAAUGUAUGAGCUCCGAUGAAAAAUCAGAUAAUGAAAGCAAAAAUGAAACAGUAUCUUCAAACUCAAGCAAUAAUACUGGAAAUUCUACAACUGAGACCUCCAGUACCUUAGAGGUAAGAACUCAGGGUCCUAUUCUCACAGCAAGUGGCAAAAACCCUGUAAUGGAACUCAAUGAAAAAAGGAGAGGUCUCAAGUAUGAACUCAUCUCAGAGACUGGUGGAAGCCAUGACAAGCGCUUUGUAAUGGAGGUAGAAGUAGAUGGCCAGAAAUUUAGAGGUGCAGGUCCAAACAAGAAAGUGGCCAAGGCAAGUGCAGCACUAGCUGCUCUGGAGAAGCUGUUUUCUGGACCCAAUGCAGCAAAUAAUAAGAAAAAGAAGAUCAUUCCUCAGGCAAAGGGUGUUGUGAAUACGGCAGUAUCUGCAGCAGUUCAGGCAGUUCGGGGCAGAGGAAGAGGAACUCUGACAAGGGGAGCAUUCGUGGGGGCUACAGCAGCUCCUGGCUAUAUAGCUCCAGGUUAUGGAACACCAUAUGGUUACAGCACAGCUGCUCCUGCAUAUGGUUAAUACUUUUAAGCAGUUUUCAGCACGUUUAUCUCACUUUAUUCUCGUUCUCCUCGGACCUCCGUAGCCAUAUCACUUGUAUAAGAUAGGCUGAGCUAUAGUGACUGUAAGCUGUGAUCUCAGUACACAAAGGUAAGCUCUUUUAUUUUCUGAUUAAAGAAAAAAUAACCAAUUAACACAACCUGCAUAUAUGACAAUCAUAUGAUGUAUUUGAUCUCUUAGGUCUUAUGUCACUGCAUUAACUUUAACUUUUUAUGGCCUAAAUGUAAAAUAGUAAUUUUCAGCAUUUGUUUUAAUACUCUUGUAAAUGCUUUUUAUUCAGGAGAAACAUUUCACAUUCACUGAGUCAAGUGUAUGUGAGUAGAAACUUAGAAUAUAAUGUAUAUGUAAAUUAUACAUAGAAGCACUUGUUUGAAUAUAAUAAUUCAGUGGUAGGAACACUUAACAAAGAAUUCAAAUGACAGGGCACUCUCUAGGAGCUGGAAUAUCAGAAACAGUAACAUUGGUAACAGUACCAUAGGAUUUAUGUGUGCAAGUGCUACACAGGCUGAGGGUAUAAGUGCCAAUCUCAAGAAGAAAACCUUCUCUGACCUGUGUUGCAUGCCCCAUUACAGCAACAGCAAGAAGCCAUUAAAAAAAAAAAAGCAAUAAAAAAAGACAAAACUAAUAUUAACUGUGGGAAAUAUGUGUAAUUGGCUGUGUUAAGUUAUUUGCAGAAUCAACUUGAGCAAGACUCAGAAAUAGUGAUACAGAGUCCACAGAAAACAAAUUGACUUAAGGAAUCUAUGUUUUCCAAGUAGGGUACCUAGAGUAUUAUUUCUCACUGCAGUCAGUCAUCAACAAAGUUCAUUUAAAGAAUAUGAGGGUUAGGCCAGAUACUUUAAUAAGGAUUUGCUUCAUUUAGUAUACCCCAUAAAUACACUUCAUUAUGUUAGAUGUUUUGUGUUAAAGCUGUAUUUAUAUAGAUAGAUAUAUAAAAAUAAAUUUUAUGUUUUACAUUUCUAUAGCAGUUUCUGUUCAUUUCUAGCAUCAAGGUUGCUGGGAAAACUUUGUUCCCAUAUAGAACCUGUAGUUUCUGAGAUUGGCUUCUGUUAAAGGCUGUACAAGGCAGAGCAGAGCAGUGUAGUCCUGUGCCUGUUGAUGCCAGGUCCUUUGUGGGACCAGGGAAAGAGGUUCUGGUCAGUGGGAGCAUCUGAAAUCUGAACAUUUCCUUGCUGGUGGAAUUGGCCUUGUUUUGGUGGAAUUGGCCUUGUUUUAAAUAAAUACCCAACUUUGGGAGAACAGUGAAAAGAGUUAUUAAUUUAUUUACUAGUUUAAUUAUAAAAUACUGAACAUUGUAGGCUUUCUAACACCAGAAAAUUUAUGUUACUUGAGGAUCACCUCUAAUGUAGCAUAUUUCCCUGGCACUUCUGAGGGCCUGAAAUCUGCUCUUGUUAUGCUGCUCUGCUCUGUCCACAUGUGUGGUCAAAAAGUGAGAUAGGCGCCCAGCACACAUUGCAGCCCUGCUUGGCAGCAGGCUCUGUAAUCUGCAAAGGAUACAGUGGGAAAUGUAAACUCUGACUACCAUUAUAAUAAAUCACUUGCUGUAACAUUCCUGAUUCUUAUUUAUUUAUUUAUUUAUUUAUUUAUUUACUUAUUUACUUAUUUACUUACUUACUAAUGAUUAGAGUGCAGGAGAAUAGUCAGUACUAACAGAAAUGAGCUAGAGAUGUUUUCUCCCCAAGCUUGUAAACCAGGGGCAUUGUGAGCAGAGUGACAUCUGAAAAGCAGCCUCUCUGUCCAUUCUUUUAAUGCCAGUGUCACCUCAACUCAACCAGAACCAGAAGGUACCAUGGCAUUCAGGCUUGAUCUCUGCAACAUCUGAUGCCAUGCAGCCAGUAACUAUGGGUUCCUUAGUGUUUCCAGGAGGCUUGGGAGGGAGAUGGGUGGGGUGUCAGUGACAACUGCAGUUAAAAUGAGUUUCAGCAUGGGUGUGUGUGUCUCUGUGGCACUUACCAGCCCACAGUGCAGCCUGUUUAAGCCUCAGUUCCUUCUCCUAAUGGUGUUUUAUAGAAGCAAAGAAUUUGUGUUGGAUUAGUUGCACGAAUAGAUACCUUUUCCCAUGUCACCAUCAUUUCAAUUAGGAACUAACAGCUUCCAUUAAUGUUUGAAGCAAUGAUCUUUGGAAGUUUUUAAAAAUAGAACUAUAAUGUGGAUUGGAUUAUAUAAGCUUUACAGUACAGAUAGAGAUAGGGAUAGAAACCAUGUGGGAAUCUAGGCCAAAGCAUUUCUCUCAUUCCAGCCCAUUCCUAUGGAGUUUGGGAAUCUGAUGAGUUCAUAUAUUCAAAGCUUUUAAUGGUACCUGGUGUUGGUGCGGGUGACCCUGGCAGGUCCCACUGUGAGUGGAAGAGGCUGUGGUGGGUGGUAGACAGACAGAUAGCACCAUGCAGAAAGUGCUUGGGUAUAGAGUUUACUUAGUAGGUAUUGUGAGGGUAUGAAGUGUAAGGGUUAUGGAGAGAGGAGAAGAGAGGGAGGGAGGAAGGGAGAUAAAGAAAAAGAGGAAAGAGAAAAGAGGAAGGAAGAGAAGGCAGAGGCUGCCUCUUCAGAAGAACAGGGAAAGGAAGAGAGGAUGCAGGCGAUCAGCUUGCCUUCCUGGGAAGGGGAGAUGGAGCUUGUUCCUUAAAGGGACAGGUACCCAGCUGACAGGGCAGGCCAGCAUAAAUAUAACACCUGGUACACAAGAAGUACUGUUUUGGUUGAGGCAGAAGAAUGGAUGUGAGGCUAUGCUGGUUAAGUAGCAGGUGCAUGAACUGCUUAGGGGUGAGCUGGGCUUUUACUCCUUUGUGCUCAUAGGUUUGGGGUGCCCCCAGACUGAGGCCAGACUUGGCAGUACAGAAUUGCUCAUAUUUCUGCUGCACCAGCCAACUUGCAGCUCAGGGUUUGUAAAUACCUUUGGGAUUUAUGGGUGCUUAGGGUUUCUCAAGAACUGAACUUAGACCAUUUAUCUGCUGAUUCAAGUUUUCUACCACACUUCAGUUUUUAACCCUACAAUGGCCAGCAUCUAGUCUUGAAGGCUUGUGGUGUUUGGUUUUAGAGAACAAGUUAUUAUAAACUAUGGAAAGAAAAGGAGGACCCAGGAAGCACCUAGGAUGCUGUUGAUUCAGAUUCUUUUGUGAGGAGUCCCUGUCCCCUGUCCCUUGUCUCCUGGUACAUAAGUGGGAAGCAUCUGCACGUACCACCACAUGAAGCUUCCCUCCCUUCUGUCUGAGGCUCUUAGGGCAUUAGUAUUUUUUUUUUUAUCUUUAUCUGGUUGUCUACCUAUUUGAACACAAUUGGGAAGUUUCUGUUGAAUUUAAGGAAAAUGGAGUGAUGGUGAAGUUGCUGCUUCUGAACUGAAUACAGAUUCACUACCAUGUAACUGCUGGCUCGCACAUGCUUGCAAAGACCUAAGGAGCCUCAGAAGAAGGGUGGGCAGGUUGUGUCCCAGGCAGUUAGUAGGAGGUAAGUUAAGUGGAAACACAAAUUGAAUUCUGAGGUGGUGCUGAAUUUCAGGGGAACAAAACCCCAACCAACCAACCAACCAACCAACCAAACAAACAAACAAACAAACAAAUAACCCCAAACAGUGUGGACAAGGAUUAUGUUUAAGGAAGCCAGUAAAUUAGCCUUUGUAUUACUUGGUAAAAGUUACUGUGUUCCUACUUAGCUAAGACUAUGGUUAGGUUCUUGGCCACAUUUGGCCAGCAUUGAAGAAAGGCUCUUCACACACCCACCAUCACCACCACCACCACUACCAAACAAACAAAUUGAAAACAGAAUGACAACAAAAAACAACCUUGACCAGUUAUUACAGGACGAUCAUGGUCUUUUACCUAGAACUUUACCAUUUGUGCUAGUGGCUGUGUUACCUCGCAAGCGGAUGGUAUAAAGAUUGCUGUCGUUGCAAUGCCCAAGUGGCCAUAGGUGGGACUUAACAACUUCCUCACUGGAGAGGAAUGAUCCACAGUUGUCUGUCUCUGUUGCUGUCUGACCAGCACUAGCAGCAGCACAUGAGAUCAACACAGUUGCACUUAGGACAUUGCUGUCCCUCUUUGUUAGAACUUCUCCUUCCUUGUUCUCUUCAUACAACCAACCGUCCCAAGUAAUUCAGUUAAUGGAAGGUCUUUGCUUAGGACUUAGGCUUGCCCAACAUUUUGACAUAAACAUGUUGUCGUCUACAGUGUUCAUGUGACAACUACAUAAAAUUCCACAAAAAAAUUGACAGAAGGAAGUAUUUUGGAGGCAUAAGUAGUAGAUUUAAGAAGCCAGAAAGAGAAUGAGGAGGGCUGGAGAGAUGGCUCAGUGGUUACAAACACUUGUCUAAAGGUCCUGAGUUUAAUUCCCAGCAGCCACAUGGUGGCUCACAACCAUCUGUAAUAAGAUCUAGUGCCCUCUUCUGGCCUGCAGGCAUGCAUGUAGGCAGACUAUGAUGUACACAAUAAAUAAAUUUAAAAAAAAGAAAGAGAAUGAGGAAGAAAUACUGUUGGGUGUAUGUGGCACUGGGGCAUUAUUAAUUCUCAGGCAGCCUUCUUGCAGGUGCUAUUAUUUCUGACCUAGACAUGAAUCUGAUAUUUAGGAUUAGGUGCUAGGGACAGGAGUGAGUUCCAUUUGGUGCCAAUGCUGGUUUCUGCUCAAUAGGCUUCAAAUUAUAAGGCAAAGAUGAAGACUGGCUGGAUUCUAGGCCUCCUGUCUUAAGCAUAUUCCUGAGCAGGCUGUAUAUCCUGAAAAACAGGAAUUUCUGCGGUGUGUGUGUGUGUGUGUGUGUUUAUUUAUUUAUUUAUUUAUUUAUUUAUUUGUGGGCUGGGGUGACUGAUGAGAAAAGGAUAUCUAACAUGGAAUGAAGAGAAAGAACACAGUGGGCUAUGCCAACAGAGGAAGCUUGUUUUGUUUUUUUUGUUUGUUUGUUUGGAUAAAAUAUCAAGAGACUGAGGUACCUGUUUUCAUUAGCUCUUGUUUCUGGAACAUAUUUCUUUGCCUGAGAAAGGUGAUGGAAUUGGAUGAGGUUUUGGCUCACUGGGUAGAAGGAAGAGGUUUGGUGUAGAAGGUAGAUGUGCUUAGGUGUAGGAGGGACAGUGAUAUAUCAAAAGACCUAUGCUGAGUGCUAGGCACUUGCCAGUUUAGAAUGUGAGUCUUCCCUCCACCUCAGGCCAGGGUUCAAUGAACCUGGCUUGAGAACUAUGGGGUCUCACUCUGUAUAUCCUCUCAAAUUCAUUGCUAUUUGCUUAGCAGCAGUGAGAUGAGAUGUGGAGAGGGAGUAUAGAAUUCUGUCUUCUUCUAUGUUCUUGUCAUUUUUGACAACUGACAAGGGAAGCAUGCUCUGUUUCAUUCUUGGAAAAGAAUUGGCAGAAUCUUAAUCUAACCAAGUUGUAGAGCAUCAAAGUAUGUGAAGGAAGGUGAGGCCCUGGUCUUGGUGGGACAGAGAGCACCCUCUUACAUUCUGCAGCCCAUUUCUAGUGCCGAGUCCUAGAGAAGGAGUGGUGGUGCAAGGAUUAUUGUUCUACAAGGACCAAAAGCCCAGAGAUCUAUAUAAACCACUCUGCUUGUCUGUGGUAAAAUUGCUGUAGCUUCUAAUGAGUGAGCAUUGAGCCACACAGAGGAAAUGACAUUUCUUGUACUGUUCUGAGGGUUAACAGAAACUCUCCUACGGGACUGGUUUUGAAUCCUGCAACUGAAGGACCUAGAAGUUUGCUAUUAGUUGGAAAAGGUUUUAGGUAAAGUGACUUUCUCAAUUACAUAGUGCUUGGCGGCAGAGCCCAUGUGCUCUUGACCAUGCUAUGAUCAACUGGCUCUGUGCACUCAUUACCACCCUGCUUUCCAAAGCUCUUAUGACAGCAGUAUCCUUUCCUCUGUCUCUGGUACAUUCUACUUCCCUUUCUUCUAGACUUUGGGACAAUACUGUGUGUGCCUUACAAAAUAGAACAAAACCAAUCCAUCUCUCCUGUUACCUUUCCUGCCCUAGCUGAUGUUCUCCCUGGUUUCUUUGGAAAUGGAUUGUGAAUUCAGCUCUAAGCCAGGAAGCCUGGUUUUUGCUAGCUGCACUUUGAAAUAUUAAUAGUCUUGUGAUGUUCCCAAAACUGUAUGUAGUGAAAUGCAAAUUUAGUGGAUGCUGCUUGGAGAGAUCCCAGGCUUUUAGAAAUGUGAUCUGGGAGGUGUGGGGGUGUGGAAAUAAGAUCAAAGGACCAGUAUGUCAAAGGUAGUGAAAGGGUGGCCUUGGGCAAGCAUAGAUACUCUUACCAGUUAUUUUAAAGGAUUUUAUUCACAUAUAUGUGGUUCCAGAGAGGUAAAGAUAGCUUUGAGCAGCCAGGUGGGCAGUACAAUGUGAAGCUGAUUCAAAAGAACACAGGAAGAAUUGAGCACUGUGGUAUGGUGACAAUGUUCAAUCUAUGAGCUAUGGUGGUGCAUGAGGAAAGACUGAGUUCGUGGCCAGCCUAGGCUUAUGUAAUGAGAACCUCCUGUUCAAAACAAAACAAACCAGAUACUUGUUUAGAUAGUAUAGAAGAAAUUGUGCCAGAGAUGUCAACUUCAACCACUUCUGACAGGACUGGGUGACAUCGCUGGGAAUAGCUCUUUCUGGAGCUGGAUUUGGGGAAAUGUUUACUAUAACCCUCUACUUUGGCUGGGGUCAUUACAUGACAAUCUUAGGAGAGCUAAGGAAGGAAAAGAGACCACUGGCAGGUAGAAGGCAAAGGAAGGGAGGAGAACGUCAGGAAGUUUGAACAGAGUCAAAUUUGUCUUCUGUAGUGGGAUCACCACAGCUAACAGCUCUGUUGCACCACCUCAUAGGGAUGCUGUUCCUAGUUUCAGUGCUGAUGUCUAGCAGGCCCAUUUUCAGUUUCAUAGACCAACUGUGAGUUGACUAACAGCCUCGGAAGGGCAGUUGUAGCAGCCCUGGUCCAAGUGACCCAGGCCUCUGAUUGGGACAGUACCGAGCAGUGAGGUGAGUCUGGAGAGUACCUUGGCAAGGGAUGCCUGUGUGCAGUCUGCUAGGCUUUGUGAAUGCCUUGGCAUAAGGGCUGGAUGGUUCCUCAGAUGAGAGCGUAUAUUGGAGGUAUAUUUUUAGAGCUACUUUGCAAAAAGAGUCCUGGGUGCUGUGCCCUUUGUGAUUACCAUUCUCCAGUAUGGUGAGAAAAUUGUGGAAGGCCAUCUAGAAACCCAAGAACCUAUAAUCAUGGUUGAUGAGAAGAGGGAGGAAGAGGCUAUUGACUUGCCCAGAUAAGGAUGAAGGGAAUAGCUAGAGCUAGCAGAGCUGGGGUGCUGGCUUCUCUGUUGCACUGAACUGGGCCUGCAGCUGAUCUGUAUAAGCAGUCCCAUCAGGGAGUAGUGCUGCCUCUGAGCAGAAAGGUACUGAUUAGAGUUCAGAUCCACUGAGGUGGAUGGAGCAAGGGCAGUCUCCACUGGGCUUCAUUGGGGCUCUAGGCACAAUGAUCUUGACAUCAGGCAGACAGAUUUGAAGCAUGUCAGUUGUCAUCCUUACGCUUUUGUCUUUACAGUGCUUGCUAAACACAAUUAUGAUAGAUACUGGAUAGUCCCUUUUACUGGGGUCUGUCUUGAUUUCAUUUAGAAUUUUUUUGUAAUUAAAAAAAUUUUAACCUGUGAAAGGAUUAGUGCUUUUUGGGAUUCAGUGUCUAUAGAGUAUAGCUGUUAACUAGUGGGAAGGUGCAUCUUCUUUACAGAGGUUCUUUUUUUUUCUAAAUAUUUAUUUAUUAUGUAUACAAUAUUCUGUCUGUCUGUAGGCCAGAAGAGGGCACCAGACCUCAUUACAGAUGGUUGUGAGCCACCAUGUGGUUGCUGGGAAUUGAACUCAGGACCUUUGGAAGCAGGCAAUGCUCUUAACCACUGAGCCAUCUCUCCAGCCCCUUUACAGAAGUUCUUAAGGAGGGAUAAAGCUAUGUGGUUACUGGAGGGUUUGCUCUGGGUUUCAUCUAUGUUAGUCUCUUGUGUCAUGGACAGAAAGCCAUGUGGGAAUGACAAUGAGGUGUAUCCUUUUCAGUGCUGGAAUUUUUUGGGGAGGAUUGAUUCACAACUAGGGUCUUGCAAGUAGUAGUGAUGUCAGGAUGGGCUUCAGCAUCAUUGAGUUUCUGUAGCUCUGGUGGGGACUAGAACUGAAGGUAGCUGCUGUUUGAAGGCCUUAGGUCAAACCUUUGGAAGGUAUCUGUGACACCAAGCCUAUCAGUCUUUGAGUAAUGAGAACUCCAGGGCCACAAAGAUGUCACCUUCCCAUUUGUUAAAAUGAAAAUCUGGGCAUUGGUAAAUGCGGCUAUGUCCAAUCACAUAUUAGUUAUAUACCAGGCUAGAAGUCAGCCCUGGCUUUAGUCGGUAGAGAUUAUUUACCCUUUACAUUUGUCCUGCGGCAGCUUCCUGAGCUCUCCUGGGCAAGUACUGAGGAUAAGUGAGGCACAGAUUCUGUCAGCAGGAAGUGAGAUGCAAACUGCUGUCCAAAGAGUGCAACAACAGGGCUCAGGCUCUCUCCGAGGAGGAAGACAGAGUGGGGAAUGCCCAAGGAGGCAGCAGCUGUAAAGCUGGAGCUAGAGGGUGGCAUGGUCCAGUAGAGAGGUUGUGUCACAGCUACAACUUUUAGGUUGCCCAGAGGUACUUGGGCUAGAUUGGGACAUGCUAGGUGACAGUCUGAAGGGUGUGGACUGUGGUCUGUGGAGUGAGCAGUCAACAGAUGAGUUCAGGAGGGUAAAGUGGCUACAGACACAUCAUCUUGAGUAAUGUCAUUCUGAUUAUGGUAGAUUAUGCCUGAAACUACAAAUUCCAUUUCAUGUGUACUAGACUAUCAAGGGGCAAGGAGCUCUUGGGAUUAGGGUGGAAAAUGCAGCUGGAGCACUGGAAGGUUUUCUUGCCACGGUCUCUUGUGAUAAGGUAGCACUGAGACCUUUUCUUUCUUAUGAGCCUAAAGAUCACUAACAAUGUUUCUUUGGCCUUGCCCUUUUUUGUAUUUGGGCCAGUUUUGGCUUGGGGCCUGUGUGUGUGAGGGUAAACUGGUAGACACCAGUCCUGUCGUCAUGUCUCAUGUCGUUCCUAACCCCCCCCCCCCACCACCCCGAUCCUCACUUCUUCUGAACCAAAUCACGGGGCAAUGAAGCUGUAUGGAAUGCAGACUCACUUCAGGUCAGGCCUUGUAGACUUGGGUGCUCCUUGGAAUCCCUCUUCUCUCCUCCAGGUACUUUCCUUAGGGCAGCUUUCACCUAGAAAGUUCCAGCAGCAAUAGCUUGUUCUCAGUAAGAUUUUGUGAUCUGCAGGAAUUCUGCAAGGUGGUGUGCCUCUACAGCAGUGGUUCUCAACCCUCCUAAUGUUUCAACCUUUAAUACUGUUCCUCAUGUUGUGGUGACCCCCAACCAGAAAAUUACUUUCAUUGCUACUUCAUAACUAAUUUUGCUACUAUUUUAUUAGUCAUAAUGUAAAUAGGGUAUUUUGGAGAUAGUUUGUCAAGGUGAUCUCGACCCACAGGUUGAGAACUUUUGCUUUGUAGGGCUGUACUGCCUUUGAUUUUGCUGCCUGGUCAUGUCUUGGAGAUGUGGUGUAGCUCUAAGGCUGAUAGUAAAAGGAACUUUCCUUGCAUUUUUCUCAAGAACUUUCUAGGUUCGUGGAAGGGAAAUUGAUUUGUGCAUGGAGUAGAUGGAGAUUGGCUCUACCUUUGGUAAAGAGUCUAUACUCUGUUCAUAGCUGAUACCAGGAAUAUCCUUCUAUUUGGCAGCCAAGUCCUGUGCUGUGUUCUAGCCUGACAGGCUGUUGGUUCUUGUCAUCUGGCACUGUUAGUAAGUGAUAGAGAUGCCUGUCAAGUAUGUCCUAGUCUUCAGUUAUAAGCUUAAUGCCAUCUGUUUGUUUUUGUAUUUUGGGAAAAAGAUAAUUGUCAAAAUUAAAAAACAAAACAAAACAGAAAAACCUCUGCCCCUAACUCUUUAUGCUGUACCCAUGGGGAGCCAGAAAAGUUUUCAUUCCUUGUUGAGUGGUCAAGAAAAUGAGAUCUAAGUAAGGACAAUGUUAGGUGGUUAGAAGUGGUUAGGCUGCCUUUAAGGUUCUUCCUGUAAAUCAGAAAGUUGCUUUUCUUUUCUUUUUUCUUUUUUUUGGAUUUUUUCGAGACAAGGUUUCUCCGUAGCUUUUUGGUUCCUGUCCUGGAACUAGCUCUUGUAGACCAGGCUGGCCUCCUGGCUGAGCAUAUCUUCUUACUCUGUUUUAGUGAAUCAGUAACAAGACACAGGAUCUAAGUAAUCUUAUCCCCUGGAUAUAAUCAUGCCCCAGCUGACCCUCAAGGUAGUGCUGGCAUCCAUCUGUGAAGGAUGAUUUGGAUGUGAGCCAGGUAAGCCCACAUCCUACAAGUACUCUACUGUUACUUAGCCUAAGGACAGAAGUGCUGCUACCAGAUGCAUCAGUCCCUUCUCUAAUAUUAAUGUUUUAUGCUUAGGCUAGCCUGGUGCCACUGGGUAGCAUCCACCCUUCACAAGACAUCUAAGAAGGAUUCAGAGUGUUGACACCCUCCUAGCUCACUUGGCUCACAUGGCAGCUUUCCAGUGGCAGGCCACACCAUAGUGGUGUGGAGGUGCUUAACUACCCAUAUAUUUCUGUGCCUGGAAAGCAUGCUCACUUGUAGACACUGCCAGGUGAGGCAGAACAUCCUUAUAGCGUGUCCAAAGCUCUGUAUCCCAGGAAACACACCAAGACCCUGGCAAGCACUUUGCUGGCUUAAGGAGGGGAAAACCUGUUUAUUGCAGAAUUACAGGUGACAUUUUUCUCCAUGUAAGACUCCAGUCUGAUAUUGGUCAAGUUUGUGCUUAGGAGUCUGUUUAAAAUAUCCAUUUGUAUUUACUAUUUUCCCCAAGUACACAGUGUAAAGUCUUUGGCAAUAACUUCAAGAUGUAUAGUGUUAAACAUUGGAAACCACAAGCAUCAUGGACUGCCCCAUGCCUUCUGGGCCUAUGGUAACAUACAGACUCUGGACUUUUUACAAGUGUCGCCGUGGUUGAAGCAGCAGCCUGCAUGUGUGGACUAUCAUCAGUGCCUCGCCCAGAGAUGCCUGGCCUUCAUCCAAAGGGACCCCGCUGCUCUGAGCCCUGCAAGCAGCACCCACACUGUGGCAAUUUUGUGUUGACUAUGUUGGACUCUGCCAUAGACUGACUCCUUUGUCUGGCGCUGUGGUUUGUAAUGCCUUGACUUGACAUGUUGCAUUUCUUUUCCAUUUGAAUGAAUAAAAAUAAAUGCUAUGUUCAAAAUAGGAAUGGAUGAACUACUCUGUGCAGGACUCAAUCUGCUGAAAAUUUCCAGUGCCAGCUGCAGAGAUGACUCAGUGGUUAAAAAGAGCUCACUGUUCUUUUAGAGGGUCUGGGUUCAGUUCCCAGCAUUCCCCCAAUCACAUUAACUCUGACUCCAGUGGAUCCACUGCCUUCUUGCCA